CCUGAGCGAGGACGUCCAGUCUCCUCACACUUUCUUGCCAUCAUUUUAAGGUGAAACAACAAUGACAGGUAAGGGCUGAUAGCUGGCAAGAUGUGAUGAAUGUUCAGUCCUUCUAAUGUUUGAUGGUAAUGAACAAAACCUGUGAGCUUGUCUAUGUGCCAUGAAACUCUGAGGAAGACCACAUCAGCUCAGGACUCUUCUCCUGUCUCUACAAAGAAAGAAAACACUAAUUAUUGUUCGCAUUAUCUGACUUAGACACAAACUGAAUUAUUUUUCUUGAUUUUCAACAUGUUUGUCCUUUUUCACUGGAAAUAUGAGUGGUUCAGAUUCAGGCACAAGUCCUCCCUGAGUUUCUAUCCAUCAACAUGAUGAAAAUUAAAUAAACAAACUAGUGCUUUCAAAAGUAAUGCAUUAACACAGAUUAAGCUGUCAUCACAAUUAAAUUAAUUGCAGAAAAUUGUGCGAUUAAUUCGUUUUUUUUUUAAGUCUAUUGACCGCACUAAAAGAAACACUUUCAGCUAAAGCUGUUGGAAAGUCAUACAAACUAUCAAACGGUGGCUAAAGCUACAUCAUUAAUCCUUUUCAUGUUUCAUGAAGUUUCUUUCUGUGUGGACGAGUUGAUCAGCCUCAGAAAGCUUUAUUAAUCUUUUCAGUGGAACAGACUACGGCAGGAGCAUGAAACAGAGAGCUCUGGGGUUCCGGGUCUGCAGCCUCACCAUCACUGAGUGAAUGCAGUGAGCUGUUGUUUCAGGCUUAGCAGAGGGACUGACGACAGCUUACCAAAAGAUUGCAUUCAGUUAAAGGAAUUUGUAUUAUUGUUCAUGCACGUCAAUAACUUCCUGGAACAUGGAGAUGACUCAUUUUCAUGGCAUUAACUCUACCUAUUCAUUUUCUGCUGUGAAAGCUGAAAUGUCAGCUGUGCAGAAACAAGUCCAGAUAAGUCAAACACACUUUAAACAAAGUAAGAGUUGUCACAUUGGGCUGGCGUUACAGCAACUGGACAGUCAUACUGGUAACCACACUAAUAAACACAUUUACAAUAUAAAAUAUGUGAUUGGAAGUUAUACUGAGUCCUUACCUGAUCAUGAAUUCUGACUAUGUUGGAGUCUUUCUGACAACUCCCCCUCUUUCUUAUGACUUCUGUUAGAAGCUUUUAUUGCAUAUUACAUUAAAACUGUGUGGUGUUUAUAUCAAGAGUUUGACCAUAUGAUUCAUGAGCGGGCAUUUCUAUACUAUUACAAGGGCACUCUACUAAUAUACUGUACAAAAGGGUCAGAUCAUAUUUCUCUACCAACUCAUUCUUAAUUUGAACCAGGAGACUAAGAAUCAGGCCAACAGCUUCUCAGCAGAGGAGAAGAUGUGAAUAUUCUGCUGUGUGCUGAAACGACAACAAGAGGACACUUUCCUGGUUUCAGGUAUGCCAUCAAUACCAUAUAAAGUAUUAUUGAAACACUAUUAUACACAAUAUAUAAAUAGGAAUAGAAAUGAAAUAUUGUCAUUAAUGGGAUGUAGACAGCCAAAAGUCUAUUGCACAGUGACAAACACUACAGCUUAGUUGUGUCCUGUUACGUGACUCUUAUGGUUUUGGUCCGUCUGUCUGUAAACCUGAUAAACUGGAUUCUGCCACGGUAACAGCAUUGGCAUUAUCAGCUUGCAGUCAGGUGAGAUGUAUAGAUUACUUGUCUUUGAGUCAGAUACAACACAGACACACCUGAGUGAGAACAAACAAUGCAGCUUUUAUUCCUGGGUAUUUUGGACAAUGACGUGUUUGUCAUUUCUGAGGAAAAGAAAAAUCAUAACAGACUCCAAAUGUAUGUCUUUCAGACUGAUUGAUGUCAGUGACUUUGGUGCGAUGUGUUCUCUUUGUUACGCAGCUUCUAUUGUAGUUAUGGUUUAAUCCUGCAUGUCUGUUUUCAGGCCUGGGUGUGACAGUGAAACUUGUGGUUAAUCACAGUUAACUCCUGAUUUACCGGCUCUGCAUGUUGGGUCCACAAAUGCGGACAGCUGUCUCUCUCUCCGCUGUCCAAACUUAGCCCAUUUGAAGACUGAGCCUUCAAAAUGAAACCAAACUAAAUACAAAAAAAGUGGGUAUCCUGCACUAAAUGCCGGCGACUGAGACAGCAGCAUUAACAGACAGUGUCCAUGUGCUGGCCCUGACUGUAUGUGAUGAAGCUGUAAACCUUGAACAACACAUACGGAAUUUCAGCUUGUACAGCAAGAAUAGAAACAGUAAUGGAGGUCAUGCAUUCUUCUAUAUUCAAAGUGGCAUGACAGUUAUUCAGCGGUAUGACUUGGAUCACAAAGACCUAGAGAUGAUCUGGGUUGAGAUUUACCUGCCAAACUCCAGACCAGUGUUAGUGGGUUGUUGUUACAGAUCAUCAAAAAGCAAAAUAGAUUAUUUGCAUAAAAUCUGCAGAAAAAUAGAAAUGGUAUCAAGUGAAGACAAAGACAUUUUCCUUCUGGGAAACUUUAACAUUCACUCGAUGAAUGACUCAGAGAAGAAGAAAAUUGAUUUUGUCUCCUCUGUGUGUGGACUGACCCGGAUCAUAAAUGAGCAUACCACAGAGACACGUACUCAUCACAUCUACAUAAAUAGUAGGUCAGACAUUAGGCCAAGAGUGGAAGUCGUUGAUCCUCUGCUCAUUGUCACUGUACAAAGAAUAAGUGAAGUGCCUGAAGACAACAUCAGAGAAAAUGAAAACUCUCAGGUCAACUCUCUCAGGUUUGAGAGAGUUGACAAGGAAGAGGUUAAGAGGUUGUUGACCCUCGUUGAUUCUUAUCUUCUACAAACUGCAGCUCCGUCCAUGUCUGUUGUCAUACGUGACAUCCUGAACUGCUGGAUUGACCGUGGCGAGAUUCUGUCACAGAGACAUGAGAGCUCUGUUUUCCCUCCUAAUUUACAUGCGAUCCUGGAGAGAGUUCUCCUCCAGCAGAUGGAGAAGCACUUUAAUGAGUGUAGCCAGUUCCAUUCAGGGGUCACUCUUAAUGACAUAAUAACUGAGUGGACCACACAUCUGGACAACAAAAAACAAGUCGGAGUUGUAUUCAUGGAUUUCAGUUUAUCCUCUGACAUCAUCAGUCCUGAUCUGCUGAUUCACAAACUGAAGUCUUACAAUUUUUCACUUUCGGCUAUUUCUAUGAUAAGAAGUUUUCUCUCUCAUAGAAACAGCUCGUGUCACUGGACAGACACUCACUGUGAGCUGCCACGAGGAAGCUGCAUGAAUCACUUCCUGCGCUCUGUUUAUACAAACUCUUUAAAAAGUCCUUGUGUUGUUGUGAGUGGCAGUCAGUUGAUGAUAUAUCAGGCAGCUGAUAACUAUGAGUGUUUAAAGAGAGUGUUGAAAGAGGAAUCAGAUAAUGUGCGUGACAGGCUCAGAGAAAACAGGAUGGUUUUAAAGACGUUCACAUCAGCAAGGAUCGACGAAAAGGAGCCAGUGAAGCAAAUAGGAAUUCGCCUCAAUUCCACACUCAGUGUAAAUGUGGAAGAGUUUAACUGGAUCAGAGUAUUAAGAGUUUUACUACACGAAACACCUCACUUGGUUUGGACAUCUUAGUGAAAUCAUUCAUAAAGAAAACCUUUGGUAUCAACAGGAAGUGCUGUACAGUUUGCUCCUCCGCUUUUCCUCUGUAAACAUUUAUUCUGAGUUUAUCAGAAGUGGAGAGUUUUGUGCUCCACCAGUCUGCACCGUGGACGUCUGUCUCGAAAUAUAUUUAACUACAGAGGUGAUUUAUGAGACUGUUAGUAAUUAGAAGAUGUUGAAAGGUUGUUGACUUUACAGGCCAUUGUAUUUUAAUUACUUUGUCAUAUUUUUUUUAUUUUUUUGAUUUAGCAUAAAAACAAAAAUAUAUCAAAAAUAUAAAUUGAACAAAUUGUUGCAGUGUUCAAAGCAUCUUGCAAAUAUAAAGAUAUAGACUGGAUUAGAUAACAGAGUCUUUGGUCUUUGAGCCUUUGCUUGUAUUGAUGGCAUUUAGUCCCAGUGUAUUUCCUCUAUAAUCUGUGGUGGCAGAUUUAUUUUCUCAUCUAUUAAUCACAUAUUUAAUCAUAUCACACUAGUUAUAGUAAUAUCACUUUCUCACUUUAUAUCCUUCUUAAGCCAAUUCCUCAUAUUAAUCAUAUUUUAAUGGUCAACUUAUCCAUUUUAUUUUCUUGAUUUGUGGUUGAAGAAGGGACCAGCACUGUGUGAGUGUGAUGUGAUUUUUUUACUGCCUGUUGGGGUUAGGGAUCGUUUCCUCUGUUCAAUCAUGUCCCUGUUUUGUAAGAACAUUACCUGUGUUCAUAAAAAUAAAAAAACAAACAACUGUUUGAGACUUCUUCUUCCUGUUAUUAUUAUUAUUAUUAUUAUUAUUAUUGUUGUUGUUGUUGUCAUUGGGUCUUCACCAGAGGUGGGUCGAGUAUCCAAAAAUUGUACUCAAGUAAGAGUAGCAUUAAUUUACAAUAUUAUUACUCAAGUAAAAGUGAAAAGUAGUUGAUGAAAAGACUACUCAAGUAGUGAGUAACUGUUUGUAAUGUUUGAUUUAUUUUUUAAUGCUAUGAGACAAACAAAAAUAAUAAAUAUACAAAUUUUAGUAUUUUCUAAUAGAAUAUAUGUAAAAACAUUAGCAAAUUAAGGCACAACAACUCGAUUUUCCAGAUUUCAGGUUUUCGCAAAACAUAAUGCUUUUUUAACCAAUUACUACAGUAAGAAAAUAUAAAUUUAAGAACCAUUUUCAGUGACAAGACAUGCUGUAUACUUUGUAUUCACUUUUACUCCAAAUGGCACAGCAGCCUCAGGGAAAACACUAGAACAAUGUGCACAUACAGUGGGGCAAAAAAGUAUUUAGUCAGCCACCGAUUGUGCAAGUUCCCCCACUUAAAAUGAUGACAGAGGUCAGU